AUGUUUGGCCCUCUCAUAACCGUUCUCCUGCUGUUUUUACAGCAGGCGCAGGUAGGUUAUGGCUGGGGCUCGUUGAUUUCAAAAACAGUCGAGCAAAACAACGCUCUAGUUGUUAAGCCACCUUCGACUGCUUCUCCACCGGGGCAAUUGAUGCUCGCGCAAAGAUCCAUAGACGAUUGGAAACUUGCUGAUUUUGUCCUGGUCAGUACCAUAGAUGGUACGCUCCAAGCCCGAGAAAGACGCACUGGUGCUCUUCAUUGGUCGCUAUACGGUGAGCCCUUAGUGAGGGUAGAACAAGUAAUGGGCGAACGAGAGGCUCUAGAUCUGGAAACAGUGUGGAUCACCGAACCUGACGGUGACGGCGGUCUUUACUUUUUCAACCCAUCCUCGGGUUUGGAGCGGAUCCCGGCUUCCAUCAAAGACCUCAUUGAAAAGGCACCGUUCGCCAUGGUCGAUGGUGUGGUUUAUACAGGUUCCAAGAGCACAAUUCUUUAUACGUUGAAUGCUACGACUGGCGAGGUUAUCCAUUCUUAUGGAUCCGGACUUUCGAAAGCCGUCGAAUUCUCGGCCUGCGAGGCACCCCCAGAGUCUGAUUUCUUCCCUCUUCAGUCGGGAACUCUGCUUGUUGGGCGCACCGACUACGUUCUUGAAAUCCAUCACAAAGCUACCUCUAAAGCUUGGCGGCUCUACUUUUCUCGUUGGGCCUCUAAUUCACGAGACAUUGAUCUGGUUCGGCAGUACACAAAACCUCAGGAUUCCCUGUAUAUCACUCCAAUCCUCAACAACACAAUGAUUGCAAUGGCACCAAAUGACUACCGCCCGCAUCGCUGGGUGGUUCAGGUACCCUCUACCGCUGUUCAAGUAUUCGACGUUCUUACUCCAUCAAAAAAUGUCGGUGGAGGACGCUCUCAGCUAGUUAUUGUGCCUCAACCGCCGCUCCAAGUUCAUGACCAAGCCCCUCGUAGUAACGACAUGUAUGUUGGGCAAACACCAGAAGGUGCUUUCUAUGCUCUUUCUGGUUCAAACUAUAACGCAUUAUUGAGCAGCUCAGUAAGCGCGCCAUGGUGCGUUGGAACCCACCGCUCUUUCAGAUCAUUGGACGAACUCGCUAGUUUAAUUGUGGGUGUUCAUCCGGAAUGGUGUCAGAUCAGAUCAAUGGUCCUGGAGCCCUCUUUGCCUCAGCCAGACAGACCCGGGAUUGACGGGAAUGACCAGCCAAAACUAAUAGAUCCACCUCCACCUGUGAUUUCAUCUAUCAAAGUCAUAACUGGUCGAAUUCUUGAGAAUGUCGCAACUUUCCUGACCGUGUUGCUUUUAGCUUAUUUGGCGUCUAAACAGGGCUUGGUCCCUGGGCCCCAUGAGAUGAUUGAGCUGUGGAAAUGGUGGAAAUUGCAGCAAGAACAACAAAGGGCCGUUCAGGAUCAGCAACGUCAAGUUUUUACGGUCGCUGAGCCGGUGGUAACCGAAAGUGUACCCGAAAUUGUGGUUCAACCAUCGAAGGAGACCACGGUAGAACCAGAUUCCUCGGACGACUCGAAGCUGCACAGCUCACUUUCUACAGCUUCUUUAAAUACUCUUGUUGACAGCGAAACGAAACCGCAGCGUCGUAAGCGGGGGUCAAGAGGCGGUAAAAAGGUUCGUGAGGCCAAAGAACGCGCCGAACAGACAGCGGCAAAAGCAAUCGAAUCUGAAUCUGAUGACUCCAUGCAACUUGUAAACCAGAACUCUGAUGCAUUCCGCGCGCUGGGCCCUUUUCUCCUCACACAGGAAAUCCUUGGAUCUGGAAGUCAUGGCACCACUGUGUACAAGGGCAUCUUUCAAAACCGUGAGGUGGCCAUUAAACGGCUGGUUCGUAACUGUUAUGAUGUUGCAUCCCAGGAAGUUGAGAUUCUUCAAGAGAGUGAUGAUCACCCAAACGUGAUUCGGUACUUUUGCAAUCAUGAAACCGAAGACUGUUUGUUCCUGGCGCUCGAACUCUGUCAAGCGUCGCUUGAAGAGGUCAUUCGAGGUGAAAGUAGUCGUGAAACAGUUACUUCAAGUAUUUUGUUGGAUCUUCAGGCUCGCCUCCGUCCUUUAGACACUCUCCGUCAGAUCACAGAAGGACUACAUCAUUUGCAUUCCUUGAAAAUUGUUCACCGAGAUAUCAAGCCACAGAAUAUUCUUGUGGCAUACUCAAAACCUAUGCAUGUUAAGGACAAAAAGAAGUCAUCCAAAGUUGUUUAUGGUCCACCACGACUGUUGAUUUCGGACUUUGGUCUCUGCAAAAAGCUCGAAGGUGAACAAUCAAGCUUCCAAGCAACCACCAAUGCAAAUGCUGGAACGCUUGGUUGGACAGCCCCAGAGAUUUCAAUGGAUAGUCGCUACACUCUGGCGAAAGAAACCGACUCUUCGUCUAGUGGUGUAUUAUUGCCGGACGUUUUGCGGAAUCAAUCGCGUCGCCUCACAAGAGCAGUUGAUAUUUUCUCGCUCGGUUGUGUUUUUUAUUAUACCUUAUCGCCUCGCCAGCACCCAUUUGGCGACGGAGUAUCUCGUCAGAUCAACAUUGAAAAUCAAAACUUCAAUCUGGACGAGCUUGAUCGUUUCCCGUUUGCAAUUGAAGCUCGCGACCUUAUUUCCCAAAUGAUUUCGUUCAAUCCUCGGCGUCGGCCCGAUACUGCAGAGAUUCUCAAGCAUCCGCUGUUUUGGAGCGACAACGAAAAACUCGAUUUUCUGGUCAAGGUCUCUGACCGACUGGAAAACGAGAGCCGUGAAGAGUUCAGCCCACUGCUGGAAAGCUUGGAAAGGCGAGCCCCCCGAGUUCUUGGGGGAGACUGGCCUGCACGAUUCCCGCAAGCUUUCUUAGACAAUCUUGGCAAGUAUCGCAAGUACCAUGGGGAUCGUAUCUUCGAUUUGCUUCGAGCUUUACGCAACAAGUUCCAUCAUUAUAAUGACUUUACUCCUGAAAUGAAGAAACUGGUUGGAGCAGUUCCAUCGGGAUACCUCAAUUUUUUCACCAGCAGGUUCCCUUAUUUAUUAAUGGAGGUUUAUGGGUUCGUUAAAGAAGAAUUAGCGACUGAAGACGCAUUUUCACACUUUUUUGUUUACGGCCAUAAAUCACCUUAA